CCCGCACGCAGCCAGAGUGAGUGGAGCCUCGGUCUGCUUCGGCGGGCAGCGGGCGCUGGAGCGCAGCGCAGCUCAGCGCAACCCUUCGGCCGGCAGAGCGGACUGAGCUAGAAGCGAAGCGCUGUCGCCGGAGGCGAAUGAUGAGGGCAGGUGCUGACUGCAGCGCCAUGGACCAGUCGCGCCUGCUGCUGCUGCUGCUUCUAGGGGUGUCCCUUGGAGGUGCCGAGGGGACAUGUUCCACGGGCUUGUACACCCAUAGCGGAGAAUGCUGCAAAGCCUGCAACUUGGGUGAAGGCGUGGCCCAGCCUUGUGGAGCCAACCAGACCGUGUGUGAACCCUGUCUGGACAGUGUGACAUUCUCUGAUGUGGUGAGCGCCACCGAGCCAUGCAAGCCGUGCACCGAAUGCCUGGGCCUGCAGAGCAUGUCGGCUCCCUGUGUCGAGGCAGAUGAUGCAGUGUGCCGCUGUGCCUAUGGCUACUACCAGGACGAGGAGACUGGCCGCUGCGAGGCGUGCAGCGUGUGCGAGGUGGGCUCGGGACUCGUGUUCUCCUGCCAGGACAAACAGAACACGGUGUGUGAAGAGUGCCCAGAGGGCACAUACUCAGACGAAGCCAACCACGUGGAUCCGUGCCUGCCCUGCACGGUGUGCGAGGACACUGAGCGUGAGUUACGGGAGUGCAAGCCCUGGGCUGAUGCCGAGUGCGAGGAAAUCCCUGACCGAUGGAUCACAAGGUCUACGCCCCCAGAGGGCUCCGACAGCACGGCCCCCAGCACCCAGGAACCUGAGGCACCUCCAGAUCAAGACCUCAUAGCCAGCACAGUGGCAGAUAUGGUGACCACUGUGAUGGGCAGCUCCCAGCCUGUAGUGACCCGAGGCACCACUGACAACCUCAUUCCUGUCUAUUGCUCCAUCUUGGCUGCUGUGGUUGUGGGCCUUGUGGCCUACAUUGCUUUCAAGAGGUGGAACAGCUGUAAGCAAAACAAACAAGGAGCCAACAGCCGACCAGUGAACCAGACGCCCCCACCUGAGGGAGAAAAACUCCACAGCGACAGUGGCAUCUCUGUGGACAGCCAGAGCCUGCACGACCAGCAGACCCAUACACAAACUGCCUCAGGCCAGGCCCUCAAGGGUGACGGCAACCUCUACAGUAGCCUGCCCCUGACCAAGCGUGAGGAGGUAGAGAAGCUGCUCAAAGGCUCCGCGGGGGACACCUGGCGACAUCUGGCAGGCGAGCUGGGCUACCAGCCUGAGCACAUAGACUCCUUCACCCAUGAGACCUGCCCGGUCCGAGCCCUGAUGGCCAGCUGGGGUGCCCAAGACAGCGCAACACUCGACGCCCUCUUAGCCGCCCUGCGUCGCAUCCAGAGAGCUGACAUCGUGGAGAGCCUGUGCAGCGAAUCCACGGCCACAUCCCCAGUGUGAGCUCACAGACCGGGAGCCCCUGUCCUGCCCCACAUUCCAACAACUGAUGCUCUAGCCAGCCCCCCCAGAGACGUCCCCCUCCCCUGGGGUAGCCCAACAGUCUGUGCAGGGCCUCCGAGCCCUGCUCCCCACACCGUAGCCCUGUUGCUGUCCCUGAGGGAGCCCUUGCAUCUGACUACACUUCCUCUCCAGUGAGAGACAGGACCACCCCAAGCCUGUGCUGCCCCAAUUACCAACUCAGGCCUUUCCUCCCUUUCCUACACCUUAGCUGUGUCAGAGCCGGGGUUUUGACACCACAGAUGGUAAUAGGGGCACCUCAGAGACUCGAGCAGCACUGAAGAACCAGAGUCGUGGACUCCACACUGUGAACUGGAGAACAGGGAGCACUGUGGUUGGCUAAGACCUUCCUUAGUCCUUCCCUCCUCCACUCUGGCCAAAGGUGAAGAAGAAUACAGGUUCAUCUGAGCUGAAAGCCAGCCCACAUGGCCCUCUUACUCACAGGAGAGGCAGGGACUGGCCCAGGCCACCCAGCAGUAGGGAUGUCAAAUGUAGGCUGACAUCCUCCUCUCUGAAUGAGGGCAUCCGGAGUGCCUGAUGUCAGGGACGGAGUGACUUUCAGGUACAUGUCUGGAAGCCAAGUCUGCCCACCCUCUACCACUUCCAGGCCCCCUACUCAACCCUUGUGCAGAGGAACUGUUUGCCCAAGACCUGGUCCAUUGGCCCACCCUGCUGGAGUCAGGUUAAGGGCUUGGGGAGUGGGGUGUUGCCUUCCUCUGUCUCUGUCAGGCUUACCCAAAUGGCAUUUGCCGAACGGUACAUCUGUUAGUGUCCUCAUUCUUGGCAUAGGCCUGGAGCCAACAUUGGCCCCUAGAAUCAGCCCUAGGGGUCAGGGACCAAGGACUCCCACUCCACAAUCCCAACACACACACACACACACACACACACACACACACACACACACACACACACAAAGAUAGCUUACUUUUUCCAUGGCUCUUUUUUGGGCUGAGACUAGAUCCUGCUGGGGGUCACUGCCAGAAAAGCAUGGAAGGGAACUGAGCUGAGCUCCAUGGGGGCUGUCUUCCUCGCCCCCGGGUUUGGCAGGCCAAGGUCUGCUGUGUCUGAGCUGGCGUCUGUCUUCCAACGGCCCCGUGCGUGCGUGGAGGAAUGCUCUCACUCCUCCCCUUCUCAAAGUCUGUCUGAGUUUGGCUGCACCCAGAAGGCUAUGGUGAAGAAAAGCAGGCUGAUGGGAGAACGCGGCAAGAAUCAAGAACAAAACAGAUGCUGGCCCGCGGUCUGUGGCAGGUUUCUCCUAAGUUUCAAGGCCUCUGCAAAGGACUGGUUUCCUAGGCACCGCCAGGAAGGGGCAUGAGGUCUCAGUGGCGUUUUCCCCCCUCCCUGGCCUGUUCUGUUUUGCUUGCUGUUGGAAUGAGUAGGCUGCCCCUCUAUUUAGCAUGAAGGAGCCCUAGGCAGGGUAUGCACAGACUGACCACCACCCCUCCCCACCCAGGGUCCUCCAAACCCUGAGAAGACACUAGGAGCACUGCACACGGGUGGCAUUUUUAUGGACCUCAAUCUGCAAUGAGCGGAGGAACCCCACCUGCUGGCCUGCCCCAGGCACCUGGGGAGUGGUACAUUCUUCGUGUAUUUAUUUUCCUCCCCAGAAGUUGGGGAGCAGUGGGGAGCUGCAAGUGCAAUUUAGCAUGUGUUUGGUUCUGGAGUCUCUCCUGCCUUACUUUGGGUCAGGAGGGAACCGUUGACCCUCUAGCUGGCAGCUUCCAGCUCCAGACCCCCUCAGUCCACCUCCCCAUCACCUCCCCCUUGCAUCCUGUGUAAGCAUUUCUUGGGCCCUCCCGAAACCUACACAUAAAAUAUAAGUGAUGGACAUUAAAUAGCAAAAAAAAACAAAAAAAAAUU